AGAAGGAGAAGAGGGGCCUCAGUAGCUCAUACAACAAAGCAGAGCCUUCACAUCAUCUUCAGCAUCAGGGUGGACCGGCACGGACACACAGAACGGUCAAAAAUCAUUCAGCAAUUUCUUCAAGUCUUGUCGUGAAGAUGAAGGGGUUGCUGCUCUUGCUGCUGGGGUACAUGCUCAUUGCGGACGUGACGCUCGCCAAGAAAAGGAAGUCGCCGAAAUUGUUGCCCGCUGCUAGCGACUUUGACGAAGAUGAGAGACAAACCGAGACCGAAGAGAAUAUGAAUUUGUUGAUUGACCCUUGCUUGACAAAGCAUUGUGGAGCUGGUCAAGUUUGCGCUUUGGACCAACUGGAUGAGCCUUACUGCAAAUGCAUUGAAGAGUGCCCAUUUGAAGAAGAAGCCCGGAGGAAGGUCUGUUCCAAUCACAAUGUGACAUGGGCUUCGGACUGUGAGCUGUACAGAAUGAGGUGCUGGUGUAAGAAGGAAGAGAAGCAGUGCAAUGAUUUUGAUCUUGCAACUAAGGAGUCGUACAAACAUAUGCACAUCGAUUACUUUGGAGAAUGCAGGGAAAUGGAAGAAUGUACAGCUGGCCAGAUGGCAGAUUUCCCAAGGAGAAUGCGUGACUGGCUUUUCAACAUUAUGAGGGAUUUGGCUGAGCGAAAUGAACUCACUAAAUAUUAUAUGGAAUUGGAAAAAGAGGCAGAGAACAACUUAAAUAAAAGGUGGUUGAACGCUGCUCUCUGGAAGUGGUGUGAUCUUGAUACUAGUAAUGAUAGAGCUGUUUCAAGGCACGAACUCUUCCCGAUUAAAGCUCCUCUGGUUUCAAUGGAACAUUGUAUUGCUCCUUUCUUGAACAAGUGUGAUGCAAAUAAUGACCAUUUCAUUCAUUUGAACGAAUGGAUAAAAUGCAUGGAGCUCGAUGAGAAUGAAAUAGAAGAAAAGUGCGAAGACAUUAGAGAUUAUCAACUAUAAUUUCAACUCUCAUAUGAGCUUAAUUUAUUGUUCGAUUUGACCAAAGAAAAUAUUUCUUUGGCAGACAAAGUCAACUUUUAUUGAAAAACAAUAAUAGUGGAUUUUAUUUUAUUUUGUCUAUAUGGCCGUAAUGCAAUAUAUUAAUCAAUUGUGUUCAUUAAAAAUAAAUUUGUACAUUUUUAAAAAAUAA